AAAUGGCCCAACCCCAUAAAAAGCCUACCAACUACCCAAGCCCAAAAUCCCAAAAACCAAACACAAAACCCAUUUAACCCAAAACCCAAAAAAAAAAAAAAAAGAGAAGGGAAAUAAAAAAUGGAUCGGGAACCUUCUUCCUCCUCACCCCGAUUUUCUCGUUUUCCUUCCCUCCCCACAAACCAGCCGGCAGCCACAUGCCGAACCAUCAUCAGCCACCCCCCUCUGCUACCGCGAACCAGCCUUGCUCUUGCACCUGCCCUGCACCGAGCCUGGCCCCAAUCCCGUGCCUUCUGCACCAUAUCUCCUGCUCUUUCUGCGCUCGAAUCGCCUGCACUAUGCACCAGCCAUCACCGGCAAUCGUGCCCUGCACGCCCGAGCCAUCAUACCCCCCUACGCCCCUCUGCUGCACGAAAUCCCCUGCCUUUCUGCGCCCGAAUCGCCUGCACUCUGCACCAGCCAUCACCGGCAAUCAUGCCCUGCAUGCCCGAGCCAUCAUACCCCCCCUACGCCCCUCUGCUGCACCGAGCCCUGCCCUUGCUGCCCGACCUUGCUUCCUGCACCAGCCUUGCUUUGCGCCCCAAUCUCAUGCCCCUGCCUUCUGCACACUACAGCCAUACGAAAAAAUAAACAGCCAAUACCAGACAAAAUUGGCAUCAUUGAUUGACAGAGCAAGGCCCCUGUUUUUUGUGGCAUUUUAUUUUUAUUUUUAUCAUUUUGGGUCUAUAUAUAGAGCAAAAGGCAGAGGUCUGGGGGGUGGUUUUUUGUUGAUUUCGGGUCUGGUUUUGGGAGUUCUCCUUUUUGGUGAGCUUUGUCUCCGUCACUGGUGUUAAAGGGUUGGUUCGAGAGUACAGAUUUGGGAAAGUGCAACAGCGGCUUAAGGAAAAAAGGAAACAUUUUCUGGGUUUGCCUUAGGUAAUUUCUGAACGGAGGAAUUUUUGGGAAAAGCCGUGAGGGAGAAGAAGGGAGCUUGAUCCCGUGGGUGGGAUCCCUCCCUUCGGAUCUUAAUCUGCUUUUUUUCCAGAAAUUUCGCCUUCUUUGAUUCUGAUUGCUGUAGAUUUUUGCUGUAUUGGAACUGUAUUAGAUGAUGAUACUGCGAAUGAAAUCAAGCAUGUUUG